CCAUCAGUUCCUGCUUUUCUUAACAUUCCAUCAGAACUGGUUUUGCUCCUUCCAUUGAUCUGCAAACUGUGAAUAACCAUGGACAGUACAAGUGAAUACUUAUUUAAAUUUAAGGGAUAUAAUUUUGAGAAAUGUUUUGUGAACAUUGAGCAUUUAGAAACGAUGGAAGAUUUCGAAAUUAGAGAUGAUGAUGUCUUCCUAAUCACGUAUCCAAAAUCUGGUACCAUCUGGACUCAGCAGAUCCUCAGCUUGAUUUAUUUUGAGGGCCACCGAAACAGGACUGAAAACGUGCAAACAGUGGACAGAGCACCGUUCUUUGAGUACAAUAUUCACAAUUUAGACUACGUCAAAAUGCCGUCACCACGCAUCUUUACUUCCCACCUCGCAUAUUACUUAGUACCAAAAGGUCUCAAGAAGAAAAAGGCUAAAAUUCUUUACAUUUACAGAAAUCCCAAAGAUGUUUUGAUCUCGUUUUUUCAUUUUUCAAAUUGGGUGGUUUCCUUAGAAGCUACAGAUACCAUAGACCAUUAUCUGGAAAAAUUUCUAGAUGGAAAAGUGGUAGGAAGCUGUUGGUUUGACCACAUCAGAGGCUGGUAUGAACACAGACAUGACUUCAAUAUUAUGUUCCUGAGCUAUGAAGAUAUGAAGAAGGACCUCAGGAACUCAGUGCUUAAAAUCUGCAGUUUUCUGGAGAAAAAACUGAGUAAAGAAGAUGUGGAUGCUGUUGUGAGACAAGCUACAUUUCAGAACAUGAAAUCUGACCCACGAGCAAAUUAUGAUAAUAUUAUAAAAAAUGAAAUCGGGGAGAGAAACAAAGGCUAUUUCUUGCGCAAAGGUACCAUUGGAGACUGGAAAUAUCAUUUAACUGUGCAGCAGAAUGAAAGAUUUGACAUGAUAUUCAAGAGGAACAUGAAAAAUUUUCCCUUGAAGUUUGUCUGGGAUGUAAAUGAAGAAUAGAAUUCUAAUGUUAGUAUAAAAGAAACAUAAAAGUCAAUUAAGCAGAAGGCCUAAUUUUAUAUCAAUAUUGAUAUGUUCUGUAUCUUAAUCAUUAAACGCCAAACUUUAAUAAGGAACAAAAUGAGUAAACUAGGCCUGGAUAAAUUGCA